AAGCGUUCUUCGCAGCAAAGCACACAGAACUCAUCCGACGUUCAAAGCAAUCACAGCCAACCCCACAAAGGAUAAUACUACCAACCUGGUCCACCACGGAUUAAACAGCAAAUUCAACUUUUAAAACCAUAUAUCAAACUUAAACUCUUACAAUGGAUCUUAAGCAAUUGUACUCGUAUGUCUGCCUGCUGAUCAGCAUCAUCAUCUGCAAAGUGUCCGAGAGCAGUGCCAAGCCCACUUAUUAUGACCUGGAUAGCUACGAGGCCUACGACACCGACAGCGGCAGCUCCUAUGCCCUGACCUACGGGAAGCCACUGACUGACAAUCGUCUAAAGAAACUGAACCCAGGGUACUACUACGUCGAUGAUGGGUACAUCGCCCCCGUUUCCACCUCCGGAGUCUACACCCGUCGUGAAGAUGGCAGCUCGCAGGGAGGAUCACUGCCCUCGAAUGUGAAGUUCACUCCAAUUGUGCGAGUCCGACAGACAAAGACCAAGCGCAAGAAGCUGUUCGUGCCCAACUUCUUUGGUUAAAUGGGCCGGUUCUCUUUCCGCCGGGACUGAGAGUACAGACUGAGGAUGUUAUAGGCUUAGAUGUAGUAUUAGUCGCGUGGCCACCACACCAAAAAGUACCUUAUACUGUUACCUAUUUUUUAUACGCGUUCACCAAAAUAUUACCAAAUUAUAUUUAUGUAUAUACCCAAAAAUAUCGCCUAAUGUAAAACCAAAUAUAUGAAAUAAUUUCUAACAUA